AUGGCUAUUAUUGCGAAACGAAACGAAAGUCAACAAAUUCCAUGGUUACCAAGCGUGGGAGUUUGCUGUGGUUUGUCCGUCAUUGCUUUUGCGAUUGCUGCAACAAUCGUUUUAGGGCUUAUUCCUGUUUAUUUAUCGACGAAAAGUAUCGACAUGACAAUUACAAAUCCACUGGUCAUUGCAUACAGAAGUAAUAUGAUCAACGGGAGUCGACUGACAAUUGGUCAAAUAACAGCAUUAACGCGAUCUUUUCGUAGAGCAUUGCAUCUUCAAGGAAUGACUAAUCUCGGUGCUGAGUUUGCUCCUUUAAAUGUAAGUUCAACUCAUCGACGUAAAAGAGCCAACGGUCUGUAUACGGACAGCAUCACUGGCGACUUGUUAAAUGUUCAAUUCUCAUUAAGAUAUUCCAUAGAUUAUGACAACCGUAAUUGCGAAAAUCAAGUCAUCGAACAAGCACGUGUUCAUAUCAGUAGACUCUAUACCGUUUUUACUUUACCAAUCAGCUUCACCAAUGGCUAUACUUAUCUAGUUCAACUGCGUUUUUGUGGUGCUCCUUCGUUGUCAAUCACGCAACAGUGUUUCUCAUCAGACGAAUCAGCAAACGUAUGUGAGACGAACGCAUGUCAUACUCCACUUACUAGAUUACAAAACUCGAAUCGAUAUACUUCAUCAGAUUAUAUUCGAAAUCUUCUCAAUUCGGAUUAUUGGAUCCGCACACCGGGAGGCAAUGUUAGUUACUUCAAUCUCUCUACUACACCUGCCUUAGCUAAUAUAGGUAUCGCUUUUUCGAUAGCAAUGUUAGAACCAUGUGGAGUUAUUUUGCCCCAUAUACAUCCUCGUGGGUCGAAAGGUAUUUACAUGAUUAGUGGAAUUUCACUUCUGGUUGGAUUUGUUCAAGAAAAUCGUGCACAGGUUGUUCUUAAUGAAAUUCAAGUUGGAUAUGCCACUCUGAUCCCGAGAGGAGCCAUUCAUUUUGUGCAGAAUCUAGGAUGCACUUCAUCGGUGCAGAUCGAUGCUUACAAUAAUGCAGAUCCUGGUCUUUUGACACUCGGUUUGAAUAUGUUUCGCUUUCCAGAUAGUGUUCUAUCAGCAGCCUUUGGUCAAACUGAAGACUUUAUCAUUAAUUUAAAAAGAGCGAUUCCUGCUUAUCCUCUCGAUGUCAACAAAGCUUGCAGAACGAAAUGUGGAUUACCUACAUAA